GCGAAAUGUAAUUAUUCGCUUUGAUACAUUCCCAAAUUGAUCACACAUAAAAUUUGUUAGUGUUUAGAAUAGUAGAAUGUUUAGUUUAUUAUUUUCUGCGAUAUUUCGUGAAAUCAAGUGAAGAAUAUGAGUUCAAAGUGUAUAAAAUACAUAUAUAUAAAAGCAGCUAUAAAUGGGAAGCUGAGUAAUUGCAUUGAGAACCAGUAAUAUAUAUGCGGCAUUUCAUUAUUGAAAAAUAUGCAUAUACGGAUAAACGAACCCGACAACUAAACAAUUGUUCAACUACAUGUUUUGAUAUUCUUAAUUUACACAGCUUGCAAACAAAGUUUAAGAUUGAACCAGUUCGCAAAGGAAAAACAUCCACUCUUAGAAAAAUGCAGUACAGCAUUGAAAUUGAUAUUUAGAUUAAAAAGUCUAAAAUACACAUUGCCUUAGUAAGAAAAAAGAAUUAGGGCUCACUAAGAAAGAGGGUAUAACUGCCACCAAGCGUAGUAUGUAUGUAUGUAUGGAAAGCCCUAAUUCCAUGUCGGAAAUACAAAAAUCAAAGUGGAAACUGUGGGAAGUGUGUUUACAAAAGGCCAUACUGUAAAGUUUGUGUAAACAAACUGAAGAUUCUAAAGCAUUCUUGCCUACAUACAAUAUAGUUCAUACAUACAUGACUUCUGGAAAAGCGAUGAAAGUAAAAGAAUACGGAAGAAAUUUAAUCGAAUGCAUAGAUGAUGAGAAAACAACGUAAACAAAUUGUGAAUCUCGUUCGUACUAGGCUGAUAAAUCUCUCCUAGAACGUAAAAGAUGUUACAAAGCUCGAAAAAGUUAGUGCAAAGUAAAUAACAAUUAUAAAUUAAAUAAAUAAAAAAAACAACUUAUUUUAAAAAAUCCGUCAAAUUUUUAUUCGAGUGACAAAAAAUUCAAUUGAAUUAAUAUUAAUUUUUAUUAACCGGACUGCCACUUAGAAAAUAAGUUUAAUCUUGCUACAUAAUAAAACGAAAACAAUGUCGGGACAGGUAAAUGAUAAUGGGAUAGCAGCCCAUAUAGACAUAAAAAGCAGAAUAUUGACACCAGUAUCCAUCUCUCCACCAUCGACGGCGGCAGUUGCAUCGAGUGCCAUGGUGUGUACUCCAAUUCUAAAGGAAUGUGAAAAGUCAUCUAUUCAGGUAGAAUUACCUGUAAACUCUGCAAUCAGCUGCCACGAUGCGGCGGAAAUUAAAAAUAAUUCAAAUUGCGAGGAAAGCCAACUAAAUGGAGGACUCACGAGUCUAUCUCUAAUGCAAUCCCCUCCUCCCCACAGUUAUCGCCAUUCUCGUGCCUACCGACAUUUUAAGAAUCCACCCCAGCCGCAUAUGUGUAUUCGUACAACAACAGAAUCUGGUGAAGAGCUGUUUAUAAACGUACUAAGCUGGACGAGAAUAGUUAUACCACAAGAACCUACUGAUCCUAUACCAUUGUACGGUGGAAUGAGGGUACCCCCAGGAAGUCCUCGCAGCCCACCAAUAGUUUUUGCUGUUAUGGCGAAUCCAGAAGUGCUAAAAGAUUCUGGUCGCCAUAGCAAAGAUCCGGAGGAGCGUAGAGCUAUGGUAGAAUUAAUGUGCGACUUUGUAGAAGCAAUGAAUCCUGGAGUUAAAUUAGUAAGGAAUGCUGUUAUUCUAAAAGAUCGUGAUAUAUCUGGGGAAUUAAAAGAUGUAUGGAGUGCGGUACAAGCGCAAAGAGAUCGAGAACGGGAAGAGCAAAUGAUUCAACAACGUCAACAACAUCACUUUCACAACUUCACCACGCAACAGAUGUUUCCGAAAUCUACUGAAGUCGUGCAAAUUUCAGAGCAGAAGCAAUUUAGUACCAUAUCUACUGAGAAGGUCGAUAAACUUCCAUUUGAUGGUCUUGCAGAAAGAACUAUGAUAAUUGCAUGUGAUUCUAUACCAUCAGAUGAUACAAAUAUUUUUGAAACAAUAGGGCAAUACGAAAAAGAGAUACUCAAUAAUAAAAAUUAUGAUGAAAGUAAUGAAGUACGUACUAAAAAUUCAAAAGAAGAAAUUGCAAGUUGUGGAGAAAAUUUACUUUUUGGAAAGGACCAAAUCGAUUUCAUUCAAAAAUCUUCGGCAGAAAGUGGUGGGCAAAGUACCAGGGAAACUUCAGCAAAUAUCACUAGAGAAGAAACUAGCAAAAAGAAAAGUGCCCAAUAUAUCGAUAAUAAUUCGCCUUUGACUUCUAACACAGCUACUAUGGCAUCAACUUCAACCCUUUUGAAUGCCACUGGAGCAAGCUCAGUACUAACGUCUACCAACCCCAUAAAAAUUACAACGUUGGUAUCUGCCACAACUUCGGCGACUACCACUACGAAGAAAGACAAGUUAGUAGGAUUUUUACCUAACGGAUGCAUAUUUCCGCGCUUUAAAAAUUAUAAAAACAGGGAAAAGGAUAAAGACAAAGAAACCAAAACGAAAGAUAAAGAAAAAACACUCCUCAAUGCAUUGAAAAAAAACAAAGACAAAAAGGUUGCACCAAUUGAAAUUUGUGAAAAAUCUUCGAUGGAUAAUGAUUCGAAAGUGAAUUACGAGAAGAACUGCAUUCGUUUAGAAAGCGAAAUUCAGAAAUUGGAUCUAAAUAAAAUUGAAAAUCCCACCAGUAGUGAAAAUAUGUUUGCUAAACUGAAAGUUACGACUUCAGCGACUGCAAAAUAAACAGCCGCACAUUCGGGCAAUGUCAUACAUCUAUAAAACAACUAAUUCUUCAGGAAUACGUUUUGGACUAUGAAUUCUCCGUUUCAGCUUUUGAGAACAGAAGAUUUAGAACCUACCUAAACUUCUUACUAUGCGUAGAAAACUGAAAAACGUCAAUUGGGUCUAAAUCAUAUUUACUUUGUUUCUCACUACGUUUAUGCGCGAGUUUAAGAGUUUAUACGUUUCUAAUUUGAUUUCGUAAAAGGAAGCAUGUGGUUGAUUUUCUCAAAUCUGUUAAUUAAUUUACUUAGAAGUAUUUUUUUACGUAUUAUCAUUCGGAAGGCUAUGGUUUGAGUUCAGGUCCGACCAACAUCCAAAAUUAUAGAGAAUCAAUGGAAUCAAUGAUUUUGGAAAAACAUCAAGACGCACACCUCAAAUUGGUAGAAGAGUUCGAGCGAAAAUCGCUUCAGUGGUCACAAGGCGCUCACUCUUUAUAUAUAAUAUAUAAUAAAUUAACAUUAGUAUAU